AUGCGCGCGCGUCCGUACGCGCCGCUCUGGCCAGUAGCAGUGCCGGCGCCGGGGCUUCCUCGCCCCGCGCCCUCCUUCAUACCGCGCCCGCGGGCCGGUGUUACGGCGUUACCUGAAGCUCUCAAGAUGGAUCCUAACUUAAUUGUAUUACACUUAAUGAAAGACAAACUAAAAUUGUUGUCAGACAGUGCAAAUAAAUCAAUAAAAGAAACCCUUGACAAUAUAGAUACUGACUCUCGUACGAUACAAGAAGCAGAAAUUAUAAGUAGCCAGUUGCAAGCUUUGCUAAAUACACUGACAUCAGAAAUGACAAACUAUUUCCGUAUGUGUAAGGAGACUGCACCAGAUGAUAUCUCUGAAAUUUGUACAGUUCAGUUACAGGUGGAGGAUACAUUAUGCGAACUUAACGUUAAAAUUAAAAAUAAAUCCAAAGUAAUACAGACCAAUAACGACAAUAACUGGGUAUCUGGAAGACUUCCUAAAUUUGAUCUGCCCGUGUUUGAUGGUAAUAUCCUUGAAUGGCACACAUUUUGGGACCAGUUUAGUUGCAACAUACAUAAUAGGAAUUUGUCAGACGUCGACAAGUUGUUGUACCUCAAGUCCUUCGUAAGGGGCGGAGCGAAGAAAGAAAUAGAAGGCUUACCGACGACUGAGCAGAAUUAUCAAAUCGCAGUACGAGCAUUAAAGGAUAGAUAUGGGAAACCAACCCAGAUAGUCGAUGCCCGCUAUCGAGCGUUAUACAGAAUAAAGACAUCUGAUAAAUCUACAAGCGAUUGCCGAAGAACUUUAAACGAGGUCGAAAGACAUCUACGCGUGUUACACUCCUUAGGAGAGGAUAUAAACCACAACCACCUUAGGUUCUUAGUUAUGGAGAAAUUUCCUGAAGAUGUCAUCUACGAGAUGAGAACGAAG